AUAAAAAGAGAAAAUAUAGGCAAACCAUCUUGAGUUUGAAGCCAAUAAAAUCAUCAUCUUCGUAAGAAUUUUGUCGGUGCUUUGUCCUGUUAUAUUCCAUCUACCUUAAUAACUAUUUUUCAUUUUCCUUCCUAAAUUUUCUCCAUCAUUUUCUUCAUCAAUUUCUCUAAUUUUCUGUUUCUUUUUUAUCCAUUUCACCUACAUUGCCUACAGUUUUUUUCCCCUCUGCAAAAAGAACAAUUUUUUUCCUACAUAUAGUCCCGCAUUGCUGUGUGCGGGAUCAUUCAAUUCAGGUAAAUUUGUGAUUAAGGAUGGGAGAGAAAUCAAAAAAGGGGGGUUGUUGUGGAUGGAUUUUAGUUUUGAUAGUGGCUGGUGCUGCUGCAGCAGCCAUUGUGGUGCUUGUUAUGAAGAAGCAUAAUGGUUCUAGCCCAGGUGCUGCUCCUGUUCCAGGACCACCUGGUUCUCCUGUAAAGAAAUAUGAAGAUGCUUUAAAAACUGCAAUGCAGUUCUUUGACAUUCAGAAAUCCGGGAAAUUGGCAAAUAACAAGAUAUCAUGGAGAGGCGAUUCAGCUGUCAAAGAUGGAAGUCCGGCAAAGUUAGACCUCAGUAAAGGAAUGUAUGAUGCCGGUGACCACAUGAAAUUUAAUUUCCCAAUGGCUUACACUGCCACUGUGUUGUCAUGGGCCAUCCUUGAGUACGGUGAUCAGAUGAAGGUUGUGAACCAACUGGAACCUGCUCAAGACUCACUCAAGUGGAUUACGGACUACCUUAUCAAUUGUCAUCCAAAAGAUAAUGUUCUUUAUAUUCAGGUGGGUGAUCCUGAUGCCGAUCAUAAAUGUUGGGACAGGCCCGAGGAUAUGACUGAGUCGAGGCCUCUAAUUCAGAUAAAUGCUACUGUCCCUGGGACAGAAGUUGCGGCUGAAACUGCAGCAGCUAUGGCAGCAGCAUCCCUGGUGUUCAAGAGUGACUCAACAUACUCAAGUGACCUUCUUAAGCAUGCUAAACAGUUGUUUACUUUUGCCGACAAAUUUAGAGGUUCCUACAGCCAAAAUAUUCCUGAAGUAGCAACAUAUUACAACUCAACCGGAUACGGAGAUGAGCUUUUGUGGGCAGCAGGUUGGCUAUAUCAUGCAACUGGGGAUCAAACAUAUUAUGAUUAUGCGACGGGGAAAAAUGCAGAUUCUUUUGGUAAUUUUGGAAAUCCAACUUGGUUUAGCUGGGAUAACAAACUAGCUGGUACUCAGGUUCUACUAUCCCGGGUCAGCUUUUUUAAUUCGAAAGCAAACUCGGAUACACUUCAAGAAUAUAGGAAAACUGCAGAAGCCGUAAUGUGUGGUCUCUUACCAAAGUCUCCGACAGCAACAUCCAGCAGAACUGACAGCGGCUUAAUAUGGGUAAGUGAAUGGAACGCGCUACAGCAUCCUGUAGCCUCUGCCUUCUUAGCUGUGGUGUACAGUGAUUACAUGCUCACUUCCCGGACUGCAAAAAUAACUUGUAAUGGAAAUGCAUAUACACCAUCUGAUCUCCGGAAGUUUGCCACCUCCCAGGCUGAUUAUGUUUUGGGGGACAAUCCAUCCAAGAUGAGUUUUCUCGUAGGCUAUGGGGACAAGUAUCCGCAAUAUGUUCACCACAGAGGGGCUUCCAUUCCUAAAGAUGCCAAGACUGGAUGCAAAGAUGGUUGGAAGUAUCUGGACUCGACUAAGCCCAAUCCCAAUGUAGCAACCGGAGCUCUUGUUGGCGGUCCAUUUCUUAAUGAAACAUAUAUCGAUUCUAGGAACAACUCAAUGCAAGGAGAGCCAACCACAUACAAUAGUGCUGUCAUUGUUGGCCUUCUUUCUGGUUUGGUUACCACUUCUUCAGUGGUUCAGUCUUUCACCGGAGCUUGAUACCGCCUUUCAUUUGCGCGUCACCUCAUGAUCUACGUCUCUCAUCUUAUGUAGCUGCAUACAUAUUUUUUCAUUUCUUGUAACCACCUCAUGUUGUACUGCUCUUAUUGUACUUAGUUACAUACAUAUUUUUUUACUUUUCUUGUAUCUACUUGAACACACGAAGGUGCAUUAUGUAUCCCUGUAUGCUAGUGUGUACAAUAUCAACUUAGUGUACUAAUAUCCAAUAUAUGUGCUCAACAGGCAAAGAGUUUUUGUAGUAUUAAUUUGGUCAAAAAUGAUGUGCUGUUUAUUUUUA